AUGAAAUACAAACAAGCUCUUAUCAUUGCAAAUUGGAUCGAAAAAAAAGACGCAAACUUUACUCGUAGUAAGAAUGAUUCAUUAAGUAGGUGUAAUGGACAAGGGAGAUGUUUAGUUUUAAUUAAAGUUGAUUCUUCAUCAAAAAUACUUGGUGCAUUUAAUCCAAUAGGAUUUGAGGAUAAUGAUAUAGGCCAAUGGUAUAACACACCACAUAGUUUUUACUUUUCUUUUGAUAAUGAAUUUGAUUUACAAAAUAUGAGAAUUAGUCGUGUGAAAACUAGUUGCGCAUUUCAUGAGUAUCGCAAUCGUGGGUUAAAUUUCGGAAAUAGUUUUAGGGUAGUUGAUCAAAUUUUAAAAAUCCAUAAAACGAAGCAUUAUGAGAAUGACUUAAAUUCAACUGGAAUUUAUCAAAUUAAAGAGAUGGAAGUCCUUAGCGUAAUUAUACAAUAA